AUGGCCUAUAGUGCUAGAAAGCAAAAAGCAUUUCCUUCCAAAGAAACAACUCUUUCCUACUGGAUUGGAGAGGCCGAGGCUAAGCUUGCUAAGCACCGAACAACGGAGGAACUACCCGAACAGGCUGAUGUGCUGAUCAUCGGAUCUGGCUUUAGCGGAGCUUCGGUGGCUUUCAAUCUGCUUGAGCAGACAGAUGAGACGGUAUUGCUGCUGGAGGCUCGUGAUAUCUGCUCUGGGGCUACGGGAAGGAAUGGUGGACACAUGCGGAGCUACUAUCAUCACGAUCAGUACGACUUCUCGAAAAACUACGGGCAGAAAACUGCCGCACACAUUGCCAUGUAUGAGCACGAAGAGCUCAAUGUUGUUGAGAAUCUGGUCAGGAAGUAUAGUAUCGAUUGCAACUUUGUUAGAAGAACCUCGUUCGUGACUUACGAUGAUCCUUCCUUAGAAAAAUCUGGAUUAAGAGAUUACUAUGCGUUUGUAAACAACCCCUAUAUCGAUCAGAAGGUCAAAGAUGGAGUGAGGAUAGUGUUUGAUGAACAAGCCAGAAAAGAGCAUGCAAGCACUUCGUUUGGGGUCUACACACCUACAUCCUCUGUGUGGCCGUACAAGCUAGUCUGCGGUCUUCUCGAGAUUGCUCUUUCCAAAGGGUUGAACCUACAAACAAACACUGCUGUCGAGGAGCUGGAAUGUCUUGAGGACAAUACUUGGAUGGUGAAGACACCACGUGGACACGUGCAUGCGAGGAAAGUUGUGAUCGCCACCAAUGCUUACACGAGAGCUCUUUUGCCCGACUUUUGGGGCAAGAUCACGCCUGUCAAAGGCGUGGUCUCUCAUCUGAAAUCAGAAUCAAACAAGACUCUUGAGACCAACAUGGUCCACACAAUACCCGUCGAGAUCGACUACAUCAGCGUUCAAGACGAUGGGUCGUUGAUAAUUGGAGGCGGUGGCAAAACAUACAAAACUCCUCCAAACCGAGAAAUGAUGGUUGACAAUGCAGACGACUCUUACUUUCCAGAAGAGACCAGGCAGUAUUUUGUUGG